AUGACGUCCGAAACGGUGGACAUGAAGAUCGAGUCAAACAUCGCAUUACAAGCCGACACUGAAGUCGAAGCUAACCCUGAUGUCGACCAACCCCAGCUCCCGACUGACAAAAUAAGUCGUGAACCUCAAGAUCAGUACGCCUACAACCGAGAUUACCGAUUCUGGUCCAUUAUCCUAGCUCUUUGUACGAUGCAGAUCCUGUGUUCUCUGGAGAAUACAGUCGUGGUCACCUCCCUUCCCACCAUUGUCAAGCAACUAGGACUGGGGAGCAGCUAUAUUUGGGUCACCAAUAUAUUUUUCCUGGCCACUUCCAUUGUGCAGCCGCUCACUGGCCAGCUUGCAGGCCUCUUCGGACGCAGGCAUGUUGCACUCUCUGUUGUCGCCAUCUACACACUCGGCAGCGGUGUAGCUGGAGGAGCAAAUGGGCCAGCUAUGUUGAUCGCUGGUCGCGCCGUGCAAGGUGCCGGGAGCGGAGGUAUGACGGCCAUCAUGGGAAUUGUCAUCUCCGACCUCGUCCCUCUCCGGCUCAGAAGCAGUUACCAGGCCAUCCUCGCCAUGACGUACGCGAUCGGCAUGGCCAUUGGGCCCGUCGUGGGCGGCGCUAUUGUCCAGAACACGACCUGGAGAUGGGUGUUCUACAUCAACCUGCCCUUUGGCGGGGUCUCUCUGGUCCUCUUAUGGCUAUUCCUACGCGUCAAAUGGGACAAGGAGACCAAAAUAAGAGAAAAGCUCAAGCGAAUUGAUCUCACAGGCAACAGCCUCCUGGUGGCAUCCACGGUUUCGGUACUCAUGGCGUUGACUUGGGCAGGCUCUGAGUACCCAUGGUCAUCUUAUCGUGUUCUUGUCCCGCUAAUCGUCGGUCUUGCCGGCCUGGUUGGUUUCUUCUGCCUUGAAGGCUCUACAUGGGUGCUGGAGCCUGUGAUGCCGCUUCGUCUUUUCUCAAACCGUACCUCCGCGGUAGUAUACGCGAACACCUUCAUCAUCUCGAUACUGAACUACUGGAUCUUCUUCUUCCUGCCUCUCUAUUUCCAAGCCGUCCAGCUGUCAACACCCACCCGCUCUGGCGUACAAAUCCUGCCCAUCACCCUCAUUGCCGUCCCUGGGGCCGCAGUUGGAGCGGUUGCCUUGUCAAAGUGGGGCAGAUAUAAGUUGCUUCACAUCAUCGGCUUUGCUUUCCUCGCUGCAGGUAUAGGCUCCUUCUCCGUGCUUACCGCAAACUCGAGCACAGCAGAAUGGGUCUGCCUUCAGAUCCUCCCAUCUGUUGGUGCCGGUAUGGUCCUGGACACGCUGCUACCGGCGUUCCAAGCAGGUGUGGAUGAAGCAGAUUCCGCGGCCGCUGCAGCAAGUUGGUCGUUUGUCCGCAGUUUUGGCAACAUCUGGGGCGUCGCGAUUCCUGCAGCCAUUCUCAAUAUAUACAGCAGUCAGUACGCUGCCGAUAUGAUAACGGACCCCGCGGCGAGAUUGGCGCUCCAAAAUGGAGACGCGUACUCCAGCGCAACGCGGGAUUUCGUGGAGUCCUUUCCUGAGCCUGCCCGCGGUCAGAUCAUUGAAGUUUUUACAAGAGCGCUGAGUAAAGUCUUCUUGAUCGGCAUCGCAUUUCCAGCACUGUCCUUCAUCCUGUCUUUCAUUGAGCGGGAAGUGGAGCUAAGAACAACGUUGGAGACCGAGUUCGGUUUAGAGGGAAAAGGGAAGAUACAAAGUUAG